AUGAAACAGGUUAUCUGGGCUCAGACCAAGGCUUGCUUUGACCCCCUCCCCCCCUUAGGCGACUCUGGGGCCGGCUGCCGGACAGCCGCGGGAGGGAAGCACGUCUUCCAGCCCAGCUUCCCAGCCUCCAGCCCUUACGUGACAACGGUUGGGGGCACGGCCUUCCAGCAGCCUUUCCUGGUGGGCACUGAGGUGGCACACUACAUCAGUGGAGGCGGGUUCAGCAACGUCUUCCCUAUGCCCGACUACCAGGUAACGGCUGUGAAGCGUUUCCUGAGCACGUCGCCUCGGCUGCCCCCGGCCAGCUACUACAACAGCACAGGAAGAGCUUAUCCCGAUUUGGCGGCCCUCUCGGACAACUACUGGGUGGUGACCAACCGCAUCCCCAUGCCCUGGGUCUCGGGCACCUCUGCUUCCACUCCUGUGGUUGGGGGCAUCAUUGCCCUGAUCAACGACUGGCGCCUCCAGCGAGGGUUGCCUGCCCUGGGCUUCCUCAACCCUGCCCUGUACCGGCUCCAGGAAGGAGGGAACAGCACUGCCCUCUACGAUGUGACCCACGGAUGCCAUCUGUCCUGUCUGGAUGCUGCUGUGCAGGGCCAGGGCUUCUGUGCUGGCCCUGCUUGGGACCCCGUCACAGGCUGGGGGACCCCCAACUUCCCUCAGCUGCUGCGUGGCCUCCUGGGCUAGCAGGCCAUGAUGUGGGCCUUACUUGUGGCCAGUUUGCAAUCAGGAUGGGGGAGAGGGAAUGGACAGGGUGUGUGACUGGGAGGCUACAGUGGCACAUGGGGGGGUGGGGUAUCCUGCCCCAAGGGGGCUCCUCUUUUCUAAGUGGGAACCGUGUCAGAGGGAUCUUCUGUCAUGGACUAAUCAGUGCCCAGAGACCGGCCACUGCCAGCCACGCAACCCUGGGGUGGGGGUGGGG